AUGCAAUAUUUUGUGACUGUCGGUGAUGCACCAAGUACAUAUUGGGGUUCUGAUUCAGCUUGUACUACUUCCGGGGUGGCUACUGUUAUCAACAAUGGAUCUCUUUGUUUGUUUAAUAACAACCCUGUAUAUCAAGGUUCCCAAUAUGCUGGAAAUGGAUGUAUUGAUAUUGGUAAUCAAAGUACAUUUUUUUUGAGGUGUCCUCAGUUGUUUGGCCUUGAUGGUAGUUUACAAACAUUUUACCUUAGCACAAAUACUUCAGUGUUGUAUUUUGAUAAUGUUGGAGUAUCCAAUGCCCCCGCAACUCCAUACCUUGUAAGUGGUUGGGGGAAUAAUAAUCAGAUUACUAUUCACAUUUCAGAUCCCGUUUGGAAUUACGAUGGUACAACUUUAAGUAUUACAGCUGCAUCUGUUACAUAUAAGUUUAUCAUUGGUCCUGGAUAUGACCCAUCUUUGAUAAGUUGGAGUCAAGGUGCUUCCUGUAAUAAUUUAAGGAAUGCUGGAGCUCGUUUCGUAUACAACGCCCCACCCCCAGACAGCUCAAGGCCAAGCGUGUGUUUACCAUGUCCAACAUUUAUACCCGGAUUAUAUGAUAUAUUACAAGACCAACCUGAUUAUACAACAACUUUCACAACUACCAAGUCAGAUGGCUCGGUAGAAACUGACUCUGGAGUAGUCCACGUCACAAACACCGACGGAACUAUCACUACCACUACUUCCUUAUUCCCAAAUGAAUAUACUACUACAUUCACCACCACUGAAUCUGAUGGGUUUGUUGCUACUGAUUCCGGGAUAGUAUUUGCAACCACUGAUAAAGACGGUAAUCGCAUCACCACAACAUCUUUAUUUCCAACUUCAAGUGAUCCAUUCACCCGCUACACCACUACAUUCAUCACUACAGAUACUGAUGGAUUUGUUGCUACUGAUUCUGGUAUAGUUGUUGUUACAUACAAUACUGAUGGUGAAGUAACUACAAGGACUUCGUUAUUCCCAACGAAAACUAAUCCAUUUACUUCUUAUACGACUACGUUCACCACUACUGAAGCAGAUGGCUUUAUUGCUACUGAUUCUGGUAUAGUUGUUGUUACUUACAAUACCGAUGGUGAAGUAACUACAAAGACGUCGCUAUUCCCAACUCCAACUGAUCCGUUCACCCACUACACCACUACUUUCACGACCACCGAUACUGAUGGAUUUGUUGCUACUGAUUCUGGUAUAGUUGUUGUUACAUACAAUACUGAUGGUGAAGUAACUACAAGGACUUCGUUAUUCCCAACGAAAACUAAUCCAUUUACUUCUUAUACGACUACGUUCACCACUACUGAAGCAGAUGGCUUUAUUGCUACUGAUUCUGGUAUAGUUGUUGUUACUUACAAUACCGAUGGUGAAGUAACUACAAAGACGUCGCUAUUCCCAACUCCAACUGAUCCAUUUACUGUAUAUACUACGACAUUCACUACCACUUUACCUGAUGGAUUUAAAGCGACUGAUUCAGCUAGGGUCGUUGUUACCUACGAUAAAGACGGUAAAGUAGUCACCUCAUCCUCAUUCUUCCCAACAGUUAGUGACCCAUUUACUGUAUAUACUACCACAUAUACUACCACAUUAGCAACGUUGCAGUGA